UCCAGAGCGAAUUGAAUACAAGCGCUAGAACAUCUUUGCAAGUUGCGUUAAAAUGACCGCAGACACUCAAAAUGGAUCAUCUCCAAAGAAGCCCUUGGUGUUGAAUGCUUUCGUGGAGAUGUGCUCCGGGCAUCAAUCUCCUGGUCUGUGGAAGCACCCCGAUGAUCACUCCUCGGAAUUCAACUCAGUCGAACACUGGGUAGAACUUGCGAAGCUGCUCGAAUCUGCCAAGUUUCACGGUAUUUUCAUUGCAGAUGUACUUGGAGGUUACGACGUCUACCAAGGCCCACGUAACCUAGAGCCAGCAAUCAAAAGCGGUGCGCAAUGGCCUGUGAACGAACCACUUGCUGUGGUGCCUGCCAUGGCUGCGGCGACAAAGAGCUUGGGGUUUGGAGUCACGGUUGCAACCACAUAUGAACAGCCUUACCAUCUUGCUCGGAGGCUGAGUACGAUUGAUCAUCUCACCAAAGGUCGGUUGGGUUGGAACAUUGUCACGGGCUACCUGGAUUCUGCAGCGAGAAAUCUCGGUCACACUGAGCAGCCUGCACACGAUGAAAGAUAUCAAAUUGCAGAAGAGUAUUUGCAGGUGUUGUACAAGUUAUUCGAAUCCUCCUGGCGCGAUGAUGCAGUGGUACUCGACAGAAAACGGGGCAUCUACACUGAGCCAUCUCGGGUCAGGGAGAUCAACCAUGAAGGCAAAUACUACACCGUCCCAGGUCCGCAUAUUUGCCAGCCUUCGCCUCAGAGGACUCCUCUCCUCCUCCAGGCGGGCACGUCAAAAGCCGGAAAAACAUUUGCUGCACAGCAUGCUGAAGCAAUCUUCGUUGCUGGCCACAGUCCGUCAACGAUUGCGAAGAACAUUGCUGAAAUCAGAGAUCUUGCAGAGGGAUUCGGGCGCCGGAGAGAUGACGUGAAGUUUCUUGCGUUGAUUUGUCCAGUCAUUGCAAAGACUGAAGAAGAGGCGAAAGCGAAGUACGAUGAUUACAUACAGUAUGGAGAUGUCGAUGGCGCUCUAGCCCUUUUUGGUGGCUGGACAGGUAUUGACCUUGCUGUGUACAGCGACGAUGAGGAGCUACGCCAUGUCGAGUCAAACGCAAUUCGUUCCGCGGUAGAGGCAUGGUCUCAUGCUGUGCCUGGUAUCCCAAAAUGGACCAAAGUGACUGUCGGAAGACACAUCUGUAUUGGGGGUCUCGGAGCAACUGUAGUCGGCACCCCCGAGCAGGUCGCUGACGAAUUCGAGCGCUGGGUCCGCGAAGCAGAUGUUGAUGGUUUUAACAUCGCUUAUGCCAUUAAGCCCGGAACAUUUGUUGAUGUGAUUGAGCUACUGAUACCGGAGCUGAGGAAACGCGGCUUGUUCUGGGAUGACUAUGCUGUACCGGGGGGAACGUAUCGAGAGAACUUCUACAAGACAAAGGGGCAAAGCGCCACGUUACCAAAUCAUGUUGGAAGCUCAUACAGAUGGAAGGCAGGCGUUGAGGCGAAAGACCACGUAAUACCCAAGUAAACAGAUUCAUCGUUCAUCUUAUCUCAAU